AUUGGCGAAAUGUUUUUAUUUAGUCACUUUGUCUCUUUCUCUUCUUUUUACACACUCUCUCAUAAACUUAAGUUUGCAGACUUGUAUUCCCAGAAACUUAAGUUUUAAGCUUUUUCUCAGCAUUUUUAGUCCUUUUUGCCAGCUUUUAUUUUUUUAUUAACAACCGCAUUUCACUCCAAUUAAAUUUCCAGACAUUUUUCUUAAUGUUAUUUUUGUUUUAUUUCAAUUAAAUUUUUAUUUUUUACUCGUAAAAUGGGUUCACGCUUCCGUAAGGAUAUAGCUACGAUUUUUGAUGUUUGUUGUUGCGUCUCGUCGGAUGCGUCCAAUUCUGUGCAAAUAAAAGUUUUAUACCCUCAAGAAUUCAACGAUGAAGGCAUAUUGAAAUCGAUAAAACAAUUUUGUAUCCCUCACAAUGCUUUAAAUAAUGCGAGUGUUGAGAACGAACCUGUUCAAUUAUUCACUUUUGCUUUCACAGAUGCUUCCUCCCUUCAUACUUUUGGUUAUUGCCGUUUUACCCCUCGAAAUAAUUUUGUUUUGUGCAUUUUGAGUGGAUUUUUAUGGACAAGUUUUUUUUAUAAAUUUUUGAAUCAUAUUUCUACUGUUACAACGAAAGGAGCCCCUGUAGAUGUUGAAUCCCUUUUAAUAAAUGCUUAUCAUAUGGAUAUUCCUUCUCCUGGUUCAACUUUUUCUUUGACUGCAUGUUCAAAUAUUGGGAGGUUUUCUGAUGUUAUUCCAAACCCUUCUAAUCUACCAACUUUACAAGAAGACAAAACUUUAUUAGAAUUUUUUAAUGCGGUGAAUGAAAGACAGAUGGUGCAAUUAUAUUCAUCCCUUUUAAAAGAAAGGAGGAUAGUUUUUAUAUCUUCAAAACUGAGUCAAUUGUCUUCUUGUGUUUUUGGACUUGCUAAAUUAUUAAAUCCUUUUGAAUGGCAAAAUUUAUUUAUUCCAAUUUUACCCCAAGAUUUGACAGAUAUGUUAAUGGCCCCAAUGCCUUAUUUAAUUGGAGUUCCAAAACAAAUAUUUUUAAAAAUAAAUAAAAACGAACUUGGAGAUAUUGUGUUAACUGAUUUGGAUGAAAAAAUGCUUUCUUCCCCCUAUCAAGAUAAAUUGCCACAAGAGGCUUAUAAUUAUUUGUGGAGCCGGUUAAAACUUUCAAAUGAUUUGUUUCUGUCAGAUUCUUUUGCAAAAACAUUUUUGAGGACAAAUGCUAUUUUGUUUGGAAAUUAUAAUUGCGGUUUUACUCAAGGUUCUGAUGGAAUAUACACAUGGGAUCGAGAAAUAUUUUUAGAAAGAGAAAGGCCAAGUAUACGCCCAUAUUUGGAAACUUUAAUUGGAAAAGAUGGUGUUCAAUAUUUUGAAAGAUUUGUUCAAGAACGUUUAGAAGCUUUAAAAAAUGGAAUUGCUGUAAAUGAUAAAUUUGAAAAAGAAGUACAAACAUUGGAUUCAAGACCACCAGAAUUGUUACAACAAACAGUCUCAUCGAUUAAAGAGAAUGCUAGCGAUGUUAUUUUUGCAUUAAAGGACCAAUUUCAGUCGAUGAAGGCAUGUAGGGAAAAAUUUUAAAAUUAUUUGAUUUUGAAUUAAGUGUUGAUAAUUUUAGAGAUUUUUUUGUCACCUUUAAAAAAUUUUUUAAUUAUAAUAAAAUGGGCAAUUAUCAGGUUCCACUUUGAAAAAUCAUGGGUUGAAAAUCGGGUGCAAUGACCUUGUCAGAACUUGAAGAUUAUCUAUCUCAACUCCAAUCCUUUAGGUUUUAAGGGGUAUUUUAGGCCUUUGAGAGCUGUCCGCAACUGUCGUUUGGGGCUGCUUGUAACGUAAACUUUUCCGAUUACUGUUAGUCCUGUUUUAAGUACGCCCAGAGGGAUGGAUUGGGUUGAAAUAAACUUG